GGUGGCUGUGGUGAGUUGCUCGGACACAGAUAAUGAUGUUUUUUCCAUGGACGACAGUUUAGAAAUGUCAGAUAGGCGGCGGCCCGCGAAUGGUCAGGAAAAGGACAUUUUAUUAUUAGACGCGUUGGGAAGGCGAAAGGGAUCAUAUAAUAAUGGUUACAGCUCGUCACAAGAAGAGGAAUCGAUAAUGGACUUGUUGGGGAAGAUGAUCCCACAGACCUGUCGUUAUCGAGGAGCCAGGUAUUCGUGUGGCCUGAGUAUAUCCUGUGUCCUGGGAGGAGGGAAACCUCUGGACUUGUGUUCUGGAGGGAUGAUAUGGGCCUGCUGCGUCGACCGGGACACCACUGAAAAGCCCACGGAAAUCGCACCAAUUGUACAUAACGCCAGCGACCUGAUCGAAAUCAUCGGUUCGUUCCCUCACGACACAUACGAAACAAAUCAAUUCGAAGACCCAAUCAUCAUAUACACGGAUACCCGGCCACACAAACCGGCCAUGGAACCGGAUAGACCGAAACCGGAUUGGAAUUACUUCCAUGUGAAACCUUCGUAUCACGAAACCACAACGGUUUACCCGGGUUACGAAAGUGGUGAUGAUUAUGUACCCGUGCAUGUAGCAAGACCCAGUUACCCGGGUUGUGGAGAGCAUUUCACUCGUUCCAAUCGCAUAGUUGGAGGACAUUCGACUGGUUUCGGCUCACAUCCUUGGCAGGCUGCGUUGAUCAAGUCAGGGUUUCUGAGCAAGAAGCUCGCGUGUGGCGGCGCUCUUAUAUCCGAUCGAUGGGUGAUCACAGCAGCACAUUGCGUCGCUACCACUCCAAAUUCCCAACUGCGCGUGCGACUCGGCGAAUGGGACGUACGUGACACGGGCGAACGAUAUUCACACGAAGAGUUCUCAGUACAACGGAAGGAAGUGCAUCCCGCGUAUGAGCCUGCUGACUUCAGAAACGAUGUGGCGUUGGUUCAAUUGGAUAGAGGUGUCGUGUUCAAACAACAUAUCUUGCCCGUCUGUCUUCCACAAAAACAAAUGAAGUUAGUGGGCAAGAUGGCCACUGUCGCUGGAUGGGGACGAACAAGACAUGGCCAGAGUACUGUGCCAUCUGUGUUGCAGGAGGUGGAUGUAGAAGUUAUACCAAAUGAGAGAUGUCAGCGAUGGUUCCGUGCUGCUGGCCGGCGGGAAACUAUUCAUGAUGUUUUUCUUUGCGCUGGAUACAAAGAGGGUGGCAGAGACUCUUGUCAAGGGGACUCCGGUGGACCUUUAACUAUGAAAUUCGAGGGGCGAAGUACCCUCAUUGGCUUAGUUUCUUGGGGUAUUGGUUGUGGUCGUGAGCACCUUCCCGGAGUGUACACUAAUAUACAGAAAUUUGUACCAUGGAUAGAUAAGCUUGUAAAUACAUAAAGUAGACCGUCUCAGCAUAAAUGUUCGCUCUUUAAUGCAAUUGUCAUAAUUGUAAUAAUGGCGAAUCGUAAGAUACAUUGUAUUAUGAAAUUUCAAAUUAAAAUUUUGUGUAAAGCUCCGUAUGUGAUAAUAAUGUCUAAAUAUGAAUAAAAUUUGUUACUUUUGGAAACAUUAUCAGGAGAUUAAUGAAUUUUUGAAAAAAAAUUAGGCUUAUUUAUUUCCUAGAUACAAUAUAGAAUUUUUAAUUUUUUAUAAAAGAUCUCGAAGGUUUUGC